GAGAGAUAAAUAGCGUUUACCACUAAGCGUCGGCUGCCGUUUGUAUGUGUGUGUGUCUUGUUUUGUGUGUAAAUAGUAGCAGUUUUUAAUUUUUCAUUGCUUUGCCUAGUCUACGAAACACGGACUUUAAUUCACGAGGUCCAGUCGUUACAACUGUUUCCACGCCAUCCAGGCUCACGUCGUUGUUUUAAUGGACAUGGCUCAGCAACCGAACGCUAAUGGUCGAGCCACGGGUCCUGGCCGCGAUGAUGACAAGAAACUAUUCGUUGGUGGUCUGGGCAGGACGAUCAGCGAAAAAGAGAUACGGGAGUACUUCAGUCAAUACGGUGAAAUCGAAAACGUUAACAUUAAAACAGACCCGUUUUCUGGACAGUCUAGAGGGUUUGCAUUUGUGCAGUUCGUAAGUGCCAAAACUGUUGACGAUCUGCUGGCGGCCGGAGAUCACUUUAUCGCUAACAAAAAAGUAGACCCCAAAAGGGUGACGAAGAAAGUGAACCCAUUGCGUUGUAAAAUUUUUGUCGGUGGCCUUACGUCAGAAAUGACUGAACAGGAUGUACGAAAUUACUUUGUUCAGUUUGGGCAAAUAGCUGAAUAUCAACAGCCAUUUGAUAAAAUGAAAAACCAAAAGAAAGGUUUUUGCUUUAUAACAUUUGAAGAUUCUGAAGUAGUUAACCAGGUGUUGAAGAACCCAAAACAAGUAAUUAAUGGCAAAGAAGUUGAUGUGAAAAAAGUGAAAUUCAACCCUGAAACAAUGACCGCUCCUGGUGCAAGAGGUCCGACUGGUGCUAGAGCUGCCACUACUUUUGGUAUGAGACCAGCUUAUCCUGGUUACAUGGCCCCAGCGGCCGCCGCACCUUAUGGUGCAGCCGCUGACUACGGUUAUGCAGCUAAUGCUUAUGAUGCCUAUGGUGCAUAUGGAGGAUAUGAUUAUUCCACAAUUGGUUAUGGAGGUGGCUAUUCAGCACAAGCUUAUGGAGGUGGCAAAUAUCGAGAAACUACAUAUCCUCGACACGCGCCUUACUGAUAAUGAGACGCAAGUAUAACGUUUGACGAAUAAUCAUGGCGGACACAUAAAGACUGUGUUGUUAUUAUUCAUUUUUCAUUGCACAUCUGUAUAUUAAAAUAUUUACUACCGGAAAAAAAACAUAACAAUAUUAUAUGUUAUAUAUAUAUAUAUAUUAUUAUUAUUAUACAAUAGUUUGUUAUAAUUUGUAACAAAACAACAAGCCUAAAUGAGCAGGUCUAAUAUUGAGGUCUAUAAUAAUGUAAAUACAUGCUUAUAUUCUUUUUGUA